AAGUGAAAUUGGCUAGAAAACAAUUUCCAAACUGAGCUGUGUGAAUCGAAGCAAAAGUGAAGAAACAAAAUACAUCCGUGAUUGAUUUGAACGAAAUGAUACUUUGAAAUUUACGACUCCAAAUUGGAAAAAGUAUAAAUAAAACCCUAAGCAUUUCUUCGUCAUCAAUUUUGAUGCCAUGGAAAUCACUCCUCUUUCUGCCAGUUCUCCAAUCCACCGUCUUCUUCACAUCGGCCACAAAGAAGCAAUAUUCUUUGCGGGAUCCUCUUCCACCCUGUUGUGUACUCACAGUGGAACAACUUAUAAGCAUCCAGUUUUGAGGAUUUCACAUAAGGCUCCUCAAUGUAGCAUGCAAGGAAUCUCUAAGAAGCUUGAAAAUGUACCAUGGCUGUUUGGUAGUCCUAAAUUUAUUGUUCAGAAUAAAUUGCCCAGAGAUGUAGUUGUUAGAUCUGAACUUACUGCAGCUGGAUCUGCUGAAGAUGGCUAUUUACUACCUGAGCUGAAAGUGGAAUCUAAAGUCAGGGGAGCUUGCUUUUAUGUUGUCACAGCCUUCAGUGCCAUAUUUCUUUUUGUGCUGAUGAUGGUUGGACAUCCAUUGGUACUCCUGUUUGAUCGCUACAGAAGAAAGUUCCACCAUUUUAUUGCCAAAGUGUGGGCUACACUGACUGUAGCACCAUUUUUCAAAAUUGAAUUUGAGGGACUGGAGAAUCUGCCACCUCCAGAUACCCCUGCUGUGUAUGUUUCGAAUCAUCAGAGUUUUCUAGACAUAUAUACUCUUCUUACGUUAGGAAGAAGCUUCAAGUUCAUUAGCAAGACUGGUAUAUUUCUUUUCCCAAUAAUUGGGUGGGCAAUGUUUUUUUUGGGUGUCAUUCCUUUGAAGCGCAUGGACAGCCGAAGCCAGCUGGACUGUCUUAAACGAUGCAUGGAUUUGAUCAAGAAAGGAGCCUCUGUUUUUUUCUUUCCAGAGGGAACACGCAGUAAAGAUGGAAAACUAGGCACAUUCAAGAAGGGUGCUUUCAGUGUAGCUGCAAAGACAAAUGCUCCACUCGUUCCUAUUACCCUUAUUGGAACUGGUCAAAUCAUGCCUGCAGGAAAGGAGGGUAUUGUGAACGUAGGAUCUGUGAAAGUAGUUAUACAUAAACCCAUUUUUGGAAAGGAAUCUGAUGUGUUAUGUAAAGAGGCUAGGAAGGCAAUCGAAAGUGUACUGACUCAAAGCUGAGAAAUAGACUGCAAAAAUGUGCUUCCUGAAGUGACCUAAUGUACUUAUACAAUCAAAUGCCUGCAUCUACGUUGGAGAAUGGAUUCUCUCCUUUGAAAUUUGAAAUGAAAGAUCAUGCUUUCCUUAGGUGGGACUAUCUUAUUCAUGUUGGAACACCUGACAUUUGUUCUUCAGGAGAAAGUAGGAGGUUGCAUUGCACUUACAGAAGGAUUUUUAGAUGUCAGCAUCACUUAUGUUUAAGUUUGGACUUUUCACCUUUAAUGAGAAGACUUUACACAGGAAAGUCAUUUACUGACCACACAUAUAACUUAUAUGUGCAGCAAAAAGUAACUCACCCGUUGACAAACAGUUUACUAGUUGCUUUAGAAUGAUAUGUAUUUUAUAACCAUUUUUUAAUGCUUAUCUUAGGUAAAUUAAGGUAGGUCUUUGAGUACA